UGUCCUGAUAUGAUAUAUUUAUUAUCAAUAAUUAUUAAUAAAUUAAAUAAAUAUUGAUAUUGGUAGAUAGAUAGAGAUAGAUACAAACAAUGAGAAAGGCCUAAGCAGAAAGAGACUCAGAAGCACCCACCAUGUGCAUCUUUUUCGUCUCCAUAUUCAAUCCAGCAGCCUGGUAAAACCAACAGGGGGUUGACUUAAAUAUAUAGUAUUAAGCUCUGACGUUCGGAUCUUAUGUAUUUUGUCAAAGCAUUCAAAAGGAUUAGAUCUUGGAGUUGAGUGUAGUAUAAGUGUUGGAAAGGAAGAAGUGUGGGGAUUGCAUGGGGAAUACUUGUGUUGGGCCGAGCAUUUCCAAGAAUGGCUUCUUCCAAUCAGUUUCAGCUGCAAUGUGGCGGACACGGUCUCCAGAGGGUUCAGUUUCACAUCGAACUAAUGGAGAAAAUGUCAAUGAGGUUGAGUCUAAGGAACCUGAAUCGCCAAUGCCAGUGCAGAACAUACCACCAGAGCAAGUGACAAUACCAAAACCGGAAACUUUACCGGAACAAUCUUCAAACACCAAGAAGCCUCCACAUAUGAAGAGAGUGCCUAGUGCUGGUCUUCGUGGUUCAGUGCUACAAACAAAAACUGGUAAUUUUAAAGAAUUUUACAGUUUGGGGAGGAAACUAGGUCAAGGACAAUUUGGGACGACAUUCCUAUGUGUGGAGAAGGCAACAGGGAAAGAGUAUGCAUGCAAAUCGAUUGCGAAGAGGAAGCUCAUAACUGCUGAAGAUGUGGAGGAUGUAAGAAGGGAAAUUCAGAUUAUGCACCAUUUGGCAGGGCACCCAAAUGUAAUAUCUAUAAAAGGGGCAUAUGAGGAUGCUGUAGCAGUUCAUGUUGUUAUGGAGUUAUGUGCAGGCGGUGAACUAUUUGAUAGGAUUAUCCAGCGGGGCCAUUACACAGAGAGAAAGGCAGCUGAGCUUACUAGGACUAUUGUUGGAGUUGUGGAAGCUUGCCAUUCAUUGGGGGUUAUGCAUCGAGACCUAAAGCCAGAGAAUUUCCUUUUUGUCAAUCAGCAGGAAGAUGCUCUUCUCAAGACUAUUGACUUUGGAUUAUCUAUUUUCUUCAAGCCAGGAGAAAAAUUUACUGAUGUGGUUGGUAGCCCAUAUUAUGUUGCACCAGAAGUUUUACGUAAGCGUUAUGGUCCGGAAGCAGAUGUUUGGAGUGCUGGAAUUAUCGUUUACAUUCUGUUAAGUGGAGUGCCUCCAUUUUGGGCUGAAAGCGAACAAGGGAUAUUUGAACAGGUCCUAGAUGGUGAGCUGGACUUCUCAUCAGAUCCUUGGCCUAGUAUCUCUGAUGGUGCCAAAGAUUUAGUAAGAAAAAUGCUCAUUCGAGACCCUAGAAAGCGGAUGACUGCACAUGAUGUCUUGUGCCACCCCUGGGUUCAAGUUGAUGGUGUGGCUCCUGAUAAACCUCUUGAUUUUGCUGUUCUAAGCCGAUUGAAGCAAUUUUCUGCCAUGAACAAGCUGAAGAAAAUGGCUCUCAGGGUAAUUGCACGAAGCUUAUCUGAAGAAGAAAUAGCUGGCCUAAAAGAAAUGUUCAAGUCGAUAGACACUGACAACAGUGGUCAAAUCACUUUUGAAGAACUUAAGGUUGGAUUGAAAAGAUAUGGAGCUAAUCUUAAAGAAUCCGAAAUUUAUGAUCUAAUGCAAGCAGCAGAUGUAGAUAACAGUGGAACUAUCGAUUAUGGGGAGUUUGUAGCUGCAACAUUGCAUCUUAACAAAAUUGAGAGAGAAGAUCAUCUAUUCGCUGCAUUUUCCUAUUUUGAUAAGGAUGGUAGUGGCUAUAUCACUCAAGAUGAGCUUCAACAAGCUUGCGAGGAGUUUGGCAUAGAAGAUUUCCGCUUAGAAGAAAUGAUCCAAGAAGUUGAUCAGGACAACGAUGGACGAAUAGAUUAUAACGAGUUUGUCGCCAUGAUGCAAAAAGGAACUGCUGCUGGUACCGGUAAGAAGGGCUUACAGAGUAGUUUCAGUAUCGGCUUUAGAGAUGUUCGUAAACUAUAGUUCCAUAGUUAGCAACAGGUUACAGGUCCUUGUUUCUUUCUUUCUUUUUGUUUGGAGGGAUUAAGAUCGUAUGAUGAGUGUCAAAUGCUUAUUUGAGAUAAUCUUCUUGGUUAUUAUGCUCUUUCGAUUCGUUGAGCAAGCAAUCUCUUUUCGAGAAUGCUUUUGCAUAGAAAACCAGGCUUACUAUCUUGUACACCGUGAGGAGGACAAAAAAGUUAUCUCAUUAUUUAGAUUUCUUUUUAUCCUUCCAAUGGAACUCAUAUAUGUUGGAAAUACAAUUCUCCAUACUUGAAGAACCAUUUGGUUUAAUUCAUACUUGGAUUUGAGAUUU